CUGCCUACUUCCGGCAGGUGACCGCAUUUACGGCCGUGGUGCCGCAAAGCGCUGGAGUGCGGCGGUGUGAGCGACUUAUUUUCCGGAUCGCAGGGCCGCAGUUGGUGAAGUAUCUCAUAUAUAAAAGUGGAUUGAUUCCAUGUUAAGUGAAAAUGACCAGUUCUUUACGAGGAGAAGUAUUGACUCUUUAUAAAAAUCUGCUGUACCUUGGACGGGACUAUCCAAAAGGAGCAGACUAUUUUAAAAGGCGUUUGAAGAACGCUUUCCUUAAAAACAAGGAUGUGAAGGACCCAGAGAAGAUCAAAGAGCUUAUUGCACGAGGAGAGUUUGUAAUGAAGGAACUAGAGGCCUUGUACUUCCUUAGGAAAUACAGAGCUAUGAAGCAACGGUACUAUUCAGACACCAAAAACUAACCGACUGUUGCUCCCAGCCUGGCUGACAAUCAGUACCAGUUGUUUGCAUGUACAAAAUA